AUGGCGUCGAGCGCCGCCCGCGGGCCGCCGCGCCGGGAGCGGAGCGGCCGGGAGCGGCCGGGACGACGGUCGGGUUCUGCCGGGCGGAGCCGGAGCCGUAGCGGGGAGCGGGAGGGCGAACAGAGCGUGCUCCGGGAGGAGCCGCCGGCGGGAGCUCUGGGCUGUGAGGAUGGCGGAGAAGCCGGGAAAGCCCCGAGAAAACCUCCGCGGCCCCGGGUCGUUCCCGACGGGGCGGCGGAGCGGCGCGGCGAGAGCUCCGCCAACGGGGCCGUGCCGCCGGCGCGGGCCGGCGCGGGGCGCGGCAGGAAGGGCAAGGCCGAGGUGCUGCUGCUGGAGCUGGCCCAGGCCCCGGAGCCCGCCCCGGGGGAAAAGCGGCUGGCGAGCAGCGAGGACCGGGACGGAGCUGAGAGCCCGCGGGGCGGGCGGCCCAAGAGGAGGGCGGCCAAAGUGGCUCUGCUGUACCUGCAGGAGCUGGCCGAGGAGCUGAUGCCCGUGUGCCAGCCCCCUGCUCUGGCCAAGGGCACGCCGGAGCCCGAGCGCGGCCAGAGGAAGCGCCGGGGCCGGAGGAGGAAGGAGGAGGACACAGACAGCGAUGACCCCACGCAAGAUGCUGACUUCGUGCCCUCGCAGGAGGUGCUGCAGGAGGAAGAGGAGGAGGAGGAGGGCAGCGACACACUGUUCAGUGAGGCGUCGGAGCCAGAGCUGGAGGCACCUCGAGGGCAUGGCGGGAGGACGGCAGCCAUGGCGAGAUCCAAGCCCCAGUGCCGAGGCCUCGCCCCCAAUGGCUUCCACAACUCCAUCAUGGCUCCAGUGGAGAAGAGCUCCAGCCUUACCUGCAGCCUGCGGGAGCAGAAGCACUCGCAGUGGGAGUUCCCUGACUGGAUUCCAGUGGCACACGGGUGGACGUGUCUCUCUGACAGUGAGGCUGCCCCGUACCUGCCGGCAGAGGAGAAGUCUCCCCUCUUCUCCGUUCAGCGUGAGGGCAUCAAGGACGAUGGAGCCUUGUACAGGUUGAACAGGUUCAGCUCUCUGCAGCCCCACCCAGAGCGCCUGGAUGUCUCCUUCUUUGUGGGCGGCCCAGUGUGGGCGAUGGAGUGGUGCCCGACCCCGGAGGGCUCCGCAGCCCCGCAGUAUGUGGCCGUGUCCUGCCACAGGAGCAUGGAGGAGACGCACAGUGUGUCUGGGCUUCACUCAGGCCCUGCACUCCUGCAGCUCUGGCACCUGGGCACGCUGCAGAUGGAGCAGGGCUCUCCCAACAAAGCCAGGCUGGCCUAUGCCAUCGCUGCUGACUACGGCUGUGUGUGGGACAUGAAGUUCUGCCCCAGUGGUGCCUGGGAGCCACCCACUGCAGCCCGGAUGUACCCACAGAUGAGCCGGCUGGGCCUGCUGGCCACUGCCUUCUCGGAUGGCAGGGUGGUGGUGUAUGCCCUGCCGCAUCCUGAGGCCCUGCACCACGCCAAGACAACCCAGGUAAAAGAUGGGUCCCUCCACAAGCACCUUAUCUGCAAGGUCAGUGUUCCCCACCAUGUGAUCCCUGUCAGGGCCGGCACCUGGCGAGCCCCCGGCAGUGCAGGUGGCAGAGCCUGGGGAGCCAAGGCACCUGCAGAGUGUUGGAGGGGCAGAGCAGUGCCAUGCUCCCACCCCGGGCAUCCCGCUGUUGGGGCAUGGAUGGCUCCGGGGCAGGGCUGUGACCGAGGGCUCUCCCUUGGCCCCCAGGUGCAGUGCAUUGCCACACUUCAGGUGGGCUCCAUCCAGGCAGGUAAUGCAUCUGAGUGUGGACAGUGCUUCAGUCUCUCCUGGAUGCCUUGCAAGCCCCACCAUCACCUGGCAGCAGGGUUUUAUGAUGGCACUGUGGCGGUGUGGAACCUGCUCACCAAAUCCCUGCUGCAGUGCGUGCACCAGCCUGAUGCCUCCAUCAAGCUCUACCCUUUCCAGUGCUUUCUAGCCCAUGACCAGGCAGUCCGGAGCAUUGAGUGGUGCAAAGCUGACAGCAACUUCCUGGUCACGGUGGGCAGCGAUCGCAAGAUCAAGUUCUGGGACCUGCGGCGGCUCUACGAGCCCAUCAACAGCAUCAAGCGGUUCCUGAGCACUGAGGUGGCCUGGCUGCUGCCCUACAAUGGCAUCACUGUGGCCCAGGACAACUGCUAUGCCCCGUAUGGGCUCUGUGGGAUCCACUACAUCGACGCUGGGUAUCUGGGCUUCAAGGCCUAUUUCGUGGCCCCUCGCAAGGGCACCGUGUGGAGCAUCUCUGGCUCAGACUGGUUGAACACAGUAGCUGCGGGUGACAUCACCGGUGAGCUGGUGGCAGCGGUGCUGCCUGACCUGGCUGUCAACCCCCUCAACAUCAAGCGCUCCUCGGACCGCAGAUUUCCGGUGUACAAAGCUGACCUGCUGCCAUGCAACCCUGAGGGGCCUAAGCGCACCGAGCAGGCCCUGCCCAGGACCCAGCGCUACAGUGAGAUGGUAGCCAGGAGCUACAUCCGAUUCCAGGACACGGACCUGCGCAGUUUCCAGAACUUCCCGAGCCGGGAGCCCAUGCGCCGGAUGCACACGCAGGAGCUGAAGGCAGAGCUGAGCCUGGACCGCCUGCAGCUGGAGGCACUCCACAAGGUGCGCUUCAGCCCCAACCUGGACUCGCAGGGAUGGCUGGUGUCGGGCGGGCAGGCGGGCAUUGUGCGGGCCCACUGCCUGGUGGGGCUGGCCUCUGGCGUGAGCCACCAGCUGCUCCCAGAGUGCCAGGCCCGCUUCAGCGUCCUCUAUGGGGACACACCCAGCAGCCCUGCCCCCUCUGAGCCCUCCCUGCUGCCGGCAGAGUAGGGCACCAGUCCCUCACGCUGCUGCCGUGUGCUCAUCCUGGGCAGGGCUUGGGGCUAGGGCCAGCUGUGCUGGCAUGGGGCUGUGGGCCCUCUUGGUGCUGCUUUCCUGAUGGGUGUCUGCUGCAGGAGGGACGGCUGCUCCCAGCCAUUCCCUGGGAUGCUCUGGACAUUUGUCCUUGUGCUUUGGGCCUGCAAGGGUCUGUGUGCACUGUUUGGUCUGAGCUGGGCAGGGGUAGUGGGACUCGUGCGUGUCCCAGGACUGAGCUGUAGGUCUGACCCUGCAGAAGCCCCUGUGGGCUCCACCAGCGUGGAGCUGUGCUUGUGCUCGCUUCCAUCCCCACUGAGUGCCGGAAGCUGGGGAAGGGGCCAGGAGCUGUGGAGUUGCUCACAUUGAGCUUGUGUUCAGCUGUGCAGAAUAAAUGUGGUUGGUUUUGUAUG